AUGGCUGCUGACAUCAUGGAGCAUGACUACGAAAAUCAUUUCUGGUUAGUCUUCUUUUUUCAGGUAUCUUCGUUUGUGUCAAACGGGUCAACGCUGGAUUCUGGAUGGGCUCUUGCUAGAGGGACCUUAGAGUUGCUCUCUGAAAUCCACAUCAUGUUGGUGAAAAACCUCCAAGAUUUGGCCAAGGAGGUCGCUAAAUACAAGGAGGAUCUCACAAAAGUUCGCAAGGAAGCAAAGCAGCAAGACAUUUUGGAUGCUGUCAAUCUGAUGCAGACUACAACUACAUGCCUACAAAAGUCUAUUCCAUUUGGAUUGCUAGUGUUCGCUGGAAGAUUAUGUCUUAUUCUAACUGAGAUCUUUUGCAGUCGAAAGGAAACAUAUUAUGCCCGGUGCGCUGAAUUGGAAAAACUAAAGAAGGAGGCAAAUGUCAAUCCCAAAGAGGUUGCAAAGAUGGAAUCGAAGAUGUUCAAGUCCAGGGAAGAGUACAGAUCGUAUGUUGACAAGUAUGAGACGGUACGAAACGAUUUCGAAGAAAAGAUGGAACGUGCUUGUAAGAUGUUCCAAGCUCAUGACAGAUCGCACUUUGCUGCUCUACAGCAGUUUUUGUUGAUGUAUGCCGGGCACCAACAAGAGGCUACUUGUGCGGCUCAACAAGUAGCUGGUCAGUUUCGAGAAUCCUUACAGCAGCUCAGUGUGGAUGAAAUGGUGGCACGCUUCGUUCGAAACAAGGGCACAGGAGCCGAAAGACCGCAACCUGCUGUUUUUGAAGAGCCAGCGGACUACUGCGUCACAUCUGAUGAUGAGAUUCAUCGUCGGCCAAGUGGCUCAAUGCCUUCCUCUAGCUGUUCAUCUGGUGUAGUGCCUUCAAAUCCUCCUCCAGCUCCUCCGACUGCGGACGGUUUACUAUCACUGGAUUCUAUUGAUGCUUGGGAUAAUAGAGAAACGCAUGUGCAGCCAUCUCCCCAACUGCAUCUCAUAGCAGCGAUUCCACUACCGGUACCGUGCCUGCCGUCGCCCCAUUUUCUUCUUCAUGAGCACAGAGCUCUUGGAAGACAAAAACUUUCUUUAUUCCUUCCAAAACGGAAGAAGACUAUUUCGCAAAGCAGUGCCAAUGACGAACACGAGGCAACAGGAGAAGGAAUUUUUUAA